AUGGACAAGUUCUUUAACAAACACUCCAGGGAUUCCAUUUUUGCUUCUAGCACUCACAGCCUCUGGGGGGUUGGGGAGCCCCCUCUCACCUGCCCUCCUGGUGUCCCAUCCGUCGACAGCAUGGUGGAUUCCUUCUCUGGUGUCAGCAGGAAUCAGGACUUCCAGGAUGUCCCUGAUGUCCCUGGCUGCGGGUCAUCCACCUCAUCCAAGACAAUUAGCUCGCUAAUUGACUCCAUGGGUGCUGGUCCUCCUCUCAAAACCCCACUGCUCUCUGACUCCCCCAAGUCCAACUCUGUAUCCAACAACUGUUUUGGAGGGUUCAGGGAAGCAGAUGGCUCCGAGCAAGUGUCUUGCCUUCUGCUCCCAGUUGCAGGUUCAGGAGCUAAGCUGCCUAUUGCAAUACACCAUCCAUGGGACUUGAACACCACCCAGAAGCUGCAGCUGAUCAGGACUGCAGUGGUGCAGACAGUUAUGGGUGCCCCUCAGAUCUGCUCAGUUUUCAAGAGAGUAAGCCGUAAGAAGAACAGAGUCCAUUCUCACCCUUUAAGGGAGGAGACCUGCAAUUCAAGCAGAGAUUGUCCCUGGCAGAAAGGAAAGGCAGAAACCCCAGAGGAAGAGCUGAAUGAAAAUGAAUCACAGGUCUGCUUUAGCAACUUGAGGAAUCUCCGAGAAGGAAAUGGCCCUUCCCUGGUGCAAGAGUCCACCAACGAUUUAUGCACCUUGGCAGAGACCAAACUGGCUGGAGUCUUGCGGGCCAUUUGCAAAUAUCGUCACAGCAUCCAUAAGAUCUCUCCAAAACACCGAUUGCAUAUCAACCAAAUCCUGCAGGCUGUGAUCAGAGCUGCCAGUCACGUAGAUCACAAAUUAGCCAAAGUGAUAAUCAAGCUGGCUGCUGAAGAUAUGCUAAGAACCACAGAUCUUCAGGACUUGUAUCAGGAUGCAGCUGGUGACAUCCUGGUAGCCCUUUGGAGCCAUUUUCCAGCAGAAGUGCUCACCAAGCUUUUGGAGGGCUUUCAAGGGAGACUGAUUCCAUAUCGCAGCAUCCUCUGUGUGUUGGGGAAACUGGCAAACAAAGCUUUCACCGAGAGUGACGCCCUGAAGAUUGACGUAUGGGAACGAAAGCUGGUGGAGUUUGCAGAGCGACUUUUAAUUGAUGUCACAGACAAAGCUUGCUUUGAGGAGCUCAAUCAAGAGCUACGGAAAGUGGACCAGAAACGCAGCAGUCAAAGCAUUGAAAGGAUCUUCCUGUAUCAAUACUGCGGAGCCAUCCUGCGUGCCUCAGACGACUCUCAGCUAAUCCAGGACCAGCUCUUUACUAUCUUGGCCAUGUGUCAGCAAGGACCCCUGGAGGCAAAGGGCAUUGCUGCUGCUUGUGGCUUGGUUGCCUCUCGCCACCUUGAUGAAGUUUUUAAAGUGCUGGAAGAUUUUGGCAAGACUCUUUCAACCACAGAGGCCCUUGUAUCAAUAACCAGCCAGUUCUGCCAACGGAACACGCUCCUGCUGUGCUAUGGACGAGUGGCUCUGGGGAUCAAGGAGGAGGUCCUCAUGCGAGUGGAGCUCAUUAUCGCCAAGCUGAUCGAGUACUUCAUUAUCAAUCCUUCGGACCUGAAUCUGAAGAAGAGCUUUUUGAUUGCUGUGCUCAUGCUCCUUGAAGCCAUCACGGCCACGGGGAAAGCCGGGGCAAUACGGCUGCACCUGAAAGCACGCCUUGUGGAGUGCCUGAUAGUGCUGAUCGAAAGAGAACCCAUCCACAUUCUGGACAGCACAGUGCGCCAAGAUGCGAUGUAUAUCGCUAAAGAACUCAGCAGCCUGAAGCCUCUCCUGGAACCAGAGAAAAAAUCCAAUCUUCUCAGUGCUUCUUUCAAAAGUGUCUUUUGCCUGGCCCCAAUGGAAAUCCUAGAAGGACAGUCUUGUCUAGAUGAGCAGGCAGCUGAUAUCAAGGGCUUCUAUCAGCAGACCAUCAGCUGUUUCGAAGAGAUGCUGCAGGCUUUACUCUCGGAGAACCCACACCCCAACGAACUCAGGCAUAUGAUGGAGCUUAUAGAACCAUGGAUGACAUCAAAGCUAAAUCAUGUGCGUGAAAGAGCUGUGGAGACAGCAAUGAAGCUUUUGAAGUUUGUAGCUGAACAUUUCCACCUUGAUCUUUCUCGGGAGUUCUGCAAGCUGGCCCACCUGACAGCUCUUUUGAUUGGUUUGUGCAAUGACCCAGUGCCAUGCAUUAGUUCUUUUGCUGUUCAAGGAGUCAGCUGUCUCUAUGAGAUCUUACUGCACCGUAAAGGCCUGAAGACAAGCAAGCAAAAGAAGCGGAAGUGGUUGAUGAAGCGGAGAGUGAAAUUCCAGGGAGAGGACUACUCUGCUUUCUUAGCACUGGGCAGCAGUUGGCAUAUAGCAAUGCAUUGCAGUGACCAGCUCUUCUCAGCUCAGUUGACCAACCUCCUGCUCUCUGUCCUGGACUAUUUGAGAGGGUCCAGCCCAGAAGUACUGAAGGCAGCAGAAGAGGUCCUCGGUGCAGUUCUGCAGAACCAUGCCAUGAAGGUGGAAAGGAUCAGAGAUGUUGUUGGCGGCAUCUACAUGUGCUUGCAGCUACGCCACGCUUCCUACUGGACCCGGAAAGUGGUGCUAAGGGCUCUAACCUUGAUGAUCCCGUAUCACCUGGAGAAAGUGAUGCAGAGCUGCCUAGCAUUUUCCAUACCCCUCAACAGACAGGCCAGUGAACUCUGGACAGCCAUGGCUUCCAGCCCCAAGGUGGCUGUGCAAAUCCUGCACCUCUUACUGAAGAAUCUGCAGGUGAAGGGCACUUCUGAGGACAGAGAAGACAGCACAGCCACAUCUCUGGCGGCAAUGAACGUCAUCUAUGAGACCUUCCGCAUCCCAGCAUAUCGGGCAGCCCUGGCAGAGAUGCAUCUUCAGCUCUUCAUCCCUCUGCUGAAGCAGGUCCUUUACGUGAUGCAGCUGAACUUGCCAGAGAACUUAAAAGCCAGGCAGGAGGUCAUCCUGAGGGAAAAUCCCACAGCGCUCAGCUUCCAGAGCAUGUCGGUGGAGAUUGUGAAGAAUCUGUUCUCUGUCGCUGGGGACUGGGCAGUCUAUGCCUGCAUUGAGUUCCAGCAAGGAUGGGUGGUGCUCAGCACCCCCGAGCACUUUUUACAGGGCACACGUCUGCUGGCACGGGCCAUGACGGAGUGCAACAGUGCCCAAAUCCCAGGAGUCUUUGGGGAGGCUGCUCUCAUUCUCAGCAGUGAGGAGGACGAGCUGAAGAAGAUGACGGCCUUGGCACUCGUGAUUGAGUUUCUCAAAAGUCCAUCUGCCAUCAAGAUGAUGAACAGAUUCAGCCUGAAGGACCAUCUGGAGGAGGGCUUGGUGGCUCACAAUCCUGUGGUCCAAGAUCUCUGUGUGAAAGGGCUCAACAGUUUUGUUUUCGAACAAGGGAAGGUUAAGUCCCUACGAGACCAGCUUCCAACAAUGAUCAACUCUAUUUUCAGUGGACAUGCAGAAGAUGUUCUGGAAGGGCUGAAUGACAUAAUGACCACACUCUAUGAGAUGGAUGGCCAGGGAAUUGGGCUCCUCUGUGUUGAUCUUGCUCUGAAUGUCCGCUCAUUUUUUGAAGAUGAAAGAGUCAAUGUCCGUGCAACUGCCAUCUCAUUGUUUGGGCAGCUGGUGAUGAGAGCCAAAGAAACCGACAAGGCCCUCCUCAAGAAGGAAGUAGUCUACAGCCUUCUCCCUCUGCUGCUGCAUUUGAAAGAUCGGGAGAGCACAGUUGCCAUGAGCUGCAAGUUGACUCUCUUGCACUGUGGCGUCUUUCUGGGAUGGGCCCAUCUGAAGCUGAUGUUCCGCAGCUUGGCCUGGGAUGAUCUCCGGAACUGCUUGGUGAAUGUGUGGAAAUACUUGAUGCGGAACAACCAUGAUAAUAUACACAUUUUCAUAUCUCAGGCCUUGGGAUUCCUCCAUCAUCCCCAGACAGAAAUAAGGAAUUCUGCAGCACGGUUCAUGGGCUAUACACUCAACUAUUACAGCUCAGAACUGUCUAAAAACCUGGAACAGGAGGACCUUUUUUACUUGAAUAAAGUUUUUCAGAAGAUGGAAUCAAGUUCAGAUACCAGCAUGGUCCAUUUUGCAAAAACCUACCGGGUAGUUUUGCAGAAACUGUCUGUGAAAAGGAGGCUGGCUGGAGCCGGGGAGAAGGACACCCAAAUAAGUGACAGCAGCACUGCAGAGAAACGACUCGUAGAGUGUGAAAGCAGAGUGGCCAGUCCACUGCUCCUGCCCACCGACUCUCCACGCCCAGGCCGAUCCACGCUGGAGGAGAGGGGAAUUCUGAGCCUGCCCACCCCCAAGCAAGUCAGACGAACACUCGCCCAGAGAGGCAAGCAGCACAGCGAAUCCAGUGAGAGAGAGAGGGCACGUUCAGUUGAAGCUCCACCAGGCAUCUUCGCUUCCACUUCUGCCAGUACCAGUGGAAAGCAAAGCCCACGGCGUAAAGGCAUCUCUCUGAGCCAGGUGGAUGAGCAGCCAUAAAGGUAUCUGUUGGGAAAGCGCUGCAGGCCCUCACAAGGGUAUGAGUAUGACGGGAAGA